AUGUUGGGCGUGGGCGUGGAGACCGUGAACCCCCAGGUGGCCAUGGAGGGACGCGUGUUCCCCCGCGUGCCCGACCCGUCCCUGCGAGGGGCGCCGCGCCCCUCGCCCCCCUCGUCCCCCGAGUCACUACCGCCGCGCCCCAAUGCCUCCUUCCUGUGGGACCCUCGCCGCCCCCCCGCCGCCGCCGAGGACUCCUUCGACGCCGCCUCCUUCCUGCGGCAGCACCGCCACCUGCUGGGCCGCACCUCGCCCGGCUCGCCGCCCACACCGCCCACGCCCGCCACGCCCACCGACGACCUCACCUUCGAGGAGACGCUGUUCAGCCUGCGGCGCGACGCCCGGGGCACGCCCCGCGGCACCUUCCGUGGCUCUGCGGCGUCCAGCGAGGAGCUAUGGGGCCCCGGCAGCCUGAAGGCCCUCAAGGACCACACCAACCUGCAGGGCGCGGACAGCCUGGACAGCCGUGCCUCGCUGGCCUCUGGGGAGAGUGGUGCCCCGGGGAGCGCGCUGCGGGGCUACAUCGAGGCGCGGCUGCGGCGCGUGGAGGAACAGAUCCGCCGCGAGGUGGCCACAGAGGCGGCGGUGCUGGGCGCGGCGCACGGCGGCGCUGACCCCUCCCUGCUGGCCGCACUGCUGGCCACCAGGGGCUUCAUGCCGCACGCCAAGGCGGGCUCCGCGCCCUCCUUAGGGGGCGUGUCCCCAUCCGCUGCCAGCACCUUCAAGAGCCACCGGGACCCUCCAGGCGCAGGGCGCCGCUCCCCUGCCGCGCGUAGCAGCACCUCCAGCCUGCUGCGCGUCAGGGGGCCGUCCCCCUCCUCUUCCUCUGACCGCGACGGUCCCCCCUCCCUGCCGCCUCUCUACUCCAGGGACCUCUCCCCCAACGGCCCCACCCCCGCCCCAGCUUCACCCAAGUCCCUGCCGCCGCCACCCCCGCCAGUCCUGGACCUGCCCCGGCCCCCCAAACACCCCAUGACUCCUCCAGACCACCCACGCCCCAGGAGAAAGACCUCUGCCCCUGCCACCCCGCCCCCAGAGGCCCUGCACCACCCCAGGACCUGUCAGUCCCCACCCUGCCACACACGCCACCCCCGCCCUCACCGCGACCCACCAACACGACAUCAGGCCCCUACCGCACCACGCCGCCCCACCACCCCGCCAGACACUCCCCCACACACCCUGCCCGAGGGGACAACACACCUACCACAGGGGGAAGACAAAAAACCCCUCCUUGUGCCCCCGCCCCGUCCCCCGGCCCCGGCCCCACCAGCACGCCCUCCUCGGCCACCCAGACCCCCGCGGCCAGCUGUAGCCAAGACUGGGGAGAAGAAACACACAGGGGACGCUGCCCCAGGCCCUCCCCGGUGCCUAAACGUCCUCCACGCCCUGACCCACCACGGAGCACCAAAGCAGCACCCCAGCCCACGCCCACGGGGAAGAUAG